CUUAGCUGUGUAAGCUUCGCUGCAGAUGGUUUCUGCUUGAUUAGAUUAGGACGUAUUAAACAGCAUGAAUCUAGAGGAAAUAAUAAAAAGAAGAAAAGGUAAGUGGAGUUAAGGAACUGAAAAUGGGAGAGGUGGUCAAUCUGUUUCGAUUCAAUAAUUUCGGUCUGUCCACUCUUUCUUGCAGCAAAUUAGGCUCACUCACACACAAAGGAAAAUGGUUCAUCGAAAAACUCAAUGUGCAUGCGCAUGCACAUGACAGCUACAAAUCUGUUCUGAUGGUAGGAGUGUACGUUACGCUCGAUUUUGAACAUGGAGGAGAACGGUAAAAGCAUUACAUCCAGUCUCCUCAGAAGUGUGUCUCGCUUCUUACGAAAUUGCCUUUUCGCUAUGCUCUCCUUCGGACCCAUGCCUAAUCAUAUUGCAUUUAUUAUGGAUGGAAGCCGCAGAUAUGCCAAAAACAGGAUAGUCCAACAGGGCACCGGCCAUAGGGUCGGUUUCAAAGUGCUCACCUCCACGCUCCAGUACUGCUACGAGAUGGGGGUGAAGUAUGUGACAGUAUAUGCCUUCAGUAUCGACAAUUUCAAACGAGAACCUGCUGAGGUCCAAUCUUUAAUGGAUUUAAUGAAGGAGAAAAUUGAUGAAUUGUUGAAUCGAGAGAGCAUUGUUAGCAAGUAUGGUAUUAGGAUUAACUUCUGGGGGAACUUAAACCUCUUGACCGAGCCAGUGAGAUUAGCAGCUAUGAAGGCAAUGACAGCCACUGCUAAGAACACGGGUCCAGUGCUUUCGAUAUGUGUAGCCUACACUUCUACGAACGAGAUUAUGCGCGCCGUUGAAAAAGCAUGGGAAGAAAAGAGGAAAGAAAUAGAACAAAUGGACAGUGCGAUUUCUGUUGGUGAUUUGGAGAGGCACUUAUAUACAGCUAACUGCCCAGAUCCAGAUAUAGUGAUUAGGACUUCUGGAGAGACUCGGCUCAGUAAUUUCCUUCUCUGGCAGAGUGAUUACGGUCACUUGCAGAACCGACAUCCUCUAUGGCCUGAAUUCUGUCUUAGGCACCUCAUUUGGGCUAUAUUAGAGUUCCAGAGAGUCUACCCUUAUCUGCAAGAGAGGAGAGGCUGGUGUAAGAAGGAAGGGUGAAGCCCAACUAUGGUACUUGGCUUUGGAGAAUAAGACUGCAUGCAUUGUUGGAUCAGAGUGACUUGGAGAGAGAAAAUAAGGACUUAUGCCAAAGGCAAUAACUGCAGAUGAGCUAUCGUGUAACUUUUUAAGCAGUUUGCAUAUGAUUUUUUCAGGUUGAUAGCCUGUUAUAAAAGAUUAUUGCUUGACAAAUUUUCACUACAAAUUAGAAGUUUCUUGGACAAUUUUAUAUAGCUGCUUGUUUGAGAAAGUAAUAUUUUGCUCACUACAAAAUAAGAUGCUGCGAAGCUGUUUGUUCGUGUU